CGCGGAAGAAACCCGCCAUUAAAGCAAGCAACCUCACAACGUGAGUGUUUCGUUUGAACGCACUCUAUUAAAAGGUGCAAUUUUUUUUACAUAUACCUACCGCUGGUAUAUUCUUGGAAAAAUGGCGUACAGGGGACAAGGACAGAAGAUCCAGAAGGUUAUGGUGCAGCCCAUUAACCUAAUUUUCAGGUAUCUACAAAAUCGCUCACGGAUCCAGGUCUGGUUGUACGAACAGGUGAACAUGCGGAUAGAGGGCUGCAUUAUUGGUUUUGAUGAGUACAUGAACCUGGUUCUAGAUGAUGCUGAGGAGGUCCACAUGAAGACUAAGAACAGAAAGCCGCUUGGGAGGGUCAUGUUGAAAGGAGACAACAUUACCUUGCUGCAGAGUGUAGUAGUCACCUAGGACGAUGGAGAUGCCUACUAAUCUUACCUUUCCUAGAAAGAAAUGUUCCCCUUGUUUUUGCAAAUGCUGUUGCGUGUAUUUGUGUUUGUAUAACAUGAAUAUUGUAAUUGUUUCUUUCUACCACAUAGUUUUGAGAAUAAAACUUUUUUUUCGUUCUUA